GGCUCUCACGGGCCCAGUGCCUCCUCCAUCGCCAACCAGGCUGCGGCACAGGCCACCGCCGCGGCCGCAGGACUCAAAGGCGCCGCCAGUGCUGCAGCUUCGGCAGCCGCUGGUCAGGCUGCAGCCACAGCCUCUGCUGCAGCUAAGCAGGCACAGGCUGCCGCUGCUCAGAAGCAGGCACAGGCCGCCCAGCUGACUCAGGCUGCCCAAGGAGCACAGGCUGCAGCCUUCGCCGAGUCCUCGCUGGCCGGACAGGCGUCUCAGGCUGUGCAGGCUGCUAAGCUGGCUGCCUCGUCGGCCUCGUCUCUGGCCUCCAACCUGGCCCAUCUGAGUUCCGAGGCCAGCGGCCUGGCGUCUCAGGCUGUCAACAGUCUCAACGACAUUGAAGCGGUUCUUUCUGCUCAGGAAGCCAUGGCCUGGCAGGCUCAGCAGGCGGCCAACUCACUGGGCCAGCAACAGAGUGUCGCCCUCAAUGACCUGCAGUCGGCGCUCGCAGCAGCAGCGCAGGCCCAAGCAGCCGCCAGCAAGGCCCAAGCCAAGCAUUCUCAAAAAUUUCACAGUGAAUCCCCUCUAAGCAAACAUUGA